AUGGCAUCACAGACUGGUCUGGGCAAUCAUGACGUCGACAAAGAACCCCGAAAAGGAAACAUACCCUUCAUCCUCGACUCGGGGCGCACUUUCCUCCUGAAUGUCCCUGAUGCCUACGACCCAGGCCAACCACAUCCUCUUGUUCUUUCCUUCCAUGGAGGCGACGGCACCAGCGAGAGACAACAACGCAUAACCCAACUCUCCAGCCCAACCCUCCGCAUAGCAGACAAGCCCUUCCUAACAGCCUACGGCCAAGCUCUCGUAAACCAAGAGCUAGGCGGCCGCACCGCCUGGCAGGGCGCGCCUUACGACAACAAGAACGUCGACGACAUCCAGUACGUCCGCGACAUCCUCACUGCCGUCUGGCAGCGCGGCGCCUACCACAUCGACACGUCCCGCGUCUAUGCGUGCGGCAAGUCCAACGGUGGCGGGCUUGUGGUGCUCCUGGCCUGCCAUCCAGACGCCCCCACAGACACGUUUGCUGCGCUGGCUGUGGUGAGCCCGGCCUUGUAUGACGGGACGUGGGCGGUUCAUGGGGACUUGCGACAACGGCCGCCUGUGCCUAUGCUUCAUGUCCAUGGGACCAAAGACACGGUUACGCCGUUUCGUGGGCAGCCGACUGGGCAGGGCUGGGGGCCGCUGCCGGACGUCAGGGCGUGGAGGCGGCUGUGGGCAGAGCGUAAUGGAGCUGGUGGCGGAUAUCCUGGUGCGCUGGUUCAGCCUGAUCGGGUGGAAGAGGUGCACCCUGGCGUGUGGGAGGAGGUCUGGAACUGUGGUCCGGAGGGCGGCAGUGGUGCUGAGGUCAGGGCGCUGAGUGUGGAGGGGUUGGGGCACUCGUGGCCGACGACAGAAGGCCUGGACUACUCUGGACGGCCGGAUUAUAAGGCGGGGUUUAACUUUACGGAGGAGCACUUGGUGCAGUUCUUUUCGAGACAUUCUCUGGUGUAGGGUAGGGAGUAGAGCUCAUGGGACACCUUUCAUCACUGUCAUACCAUGUGUAGCUGCUAUAGAUAUGCAUUUCUUGGGGUAC